GGCGCGCGCGGGAGGCGCGGCCGCGGCGGCGGGCUGGGCUCGGCGCGCCCGGCGUCAGUCGGGCGCGGCGACGGCGGCAGGAGCGCGUCCCGGCGCCGCCUCGGCUCCGCUCGGCUCGCGGACUGCUCCGGGAGGAGGGGCCGGGCGAAGCGCGGGGCCGGCGGGCCGGGCGCAUGGCUUAGGGCCGCCCCCGCGCCCCCAGCAUGGGGAAACUUCACUCCAAGCCGGCCGCCGUGUGCAAGCGCAGGGAGAGCCCAGAAGGUGACAGCUUCGCCGUGAGUGCUGCCUGGGCUCGGAAGGGCAUCGAGGAGUGGAUCGGGAGGCAGCGCUGCCCGGGCGGCGUCUCAGGACCCCGACAGCUGCGGUUGGCCGGCACCGUUGGCCCAGGCACCCGGGAGCUCGUGGGCGAGGUGCUCAGAGACGCGCUCAGCGAGGAGGAGGACGACGACUUUCGGCUGGAAGUGGCGCUGCCCCCGGAGAAGACCGACGGCCUGGGCAGCGGGGAUGAGAAGAGGAUGGAGAAGGCGAGUGAGGCCUGCCCGGCCUCCAAGAAGCAGCUGAAGUUUGAAGAGCUGCAGUGUGACGUGUCAGUGGAGGAGGACAGCCGGCAGGAGUGGACCUUCACCCUGUACGACUUUGACAACAAUGGCAAGGUCACCCGAGAGGACAUCACCAGCUUGCUGCACACCAUCUACGAGGUGGUCGACUCCUCUGUCAACCACUCCCCGACGUCAAGCAAGACGCUGCGGGUGAAGCUCACCGUGGCCCCAGACAGCAGCCAGAGCAAGAGGAGCGUCCUUGUCAACCAGGCCGACCUGCAGGGCACGAGGCCGCGAGCAGAGACCAAGCCCGCCGAGGAGCUGCGGAGCUGGGAGAAGAAGCAGCGAGCCCCGCUCAGGUUCCAGGGUGACAGCCGCCCAGAGCAGUCUGACUGCUACCACCACUGCGUGGAUGAGAACAUCGAGAGGAGAAACCACUACCUGGAUCUCGCUGGGAUAGAAAACUACACAUCCCAGUUUGGGCCUGGCUCCCCUUCUGUGGCCCAGAAGUCAGAACUGCCCCCCCGCACCUCCAACCCCACUCGGUCUCGCUCCCAUGAGCCGGACGCCAUCCACGCGCCCCAGCGAAAGCCCCAAGGCGCGGACCCGGGCUCCUUCCACCUCCUUGACAGCCCAGUCGCCAAGGUCUCAGAGCUCCAGCAGCGGCUCCGGGGCACCCAGGACGGGAGCAAGCACUUUGUGAGGUCCCCCAAGGCCCAGGGCAAGAGUGUGGGUGUGGGCCAUGUGGCCAGGGGGGCGAGAAGCAAGCCCCCUCUGGCACCUGCCGUCCCUGCGGUGUCCCCAUCUGCCCACCUGGCCACCAGCCCGGCCCUCCUCCCCACCCUGGCCCCCCUUGGGCACAAGAAGCACAAGCACCGAGCCAAGGAGAGCCAGCAGGGCUGCCGGGGCCUGCAGGCGCCGCUGGCCUCGGGCGGCGCCGUCCUGGGGCGGGAGCACCUGCGAGAGCUGCCCGCCGUGGUGGUGUACGAGAGUCCGGCCGGCCAGGCGGUCCAGAGACACGAGCACCACCACCACCACGAACAUCACCACCAUUACCACCACUUCUACCAGACAUAGAGCCCCUCCCCAGGGCCCCCUGCCAUAUGAAGGACCCCCUCUCCCGACACCCCAAGGCAUUAUUAUUCUAUUAAUUAUUGUUAUUAUGACGAUUAUUGUUAUUAAUAAUUAUUGUUACUCCACUAAUAUUUAGCUAGCCUUCAUGUAGAAGAUAUAUGGAAACACAGAACUAAACUCUUAUUUAUAUGUUGUGGGGACUGCAUACUUACCCAGGAAAUGACUGGUUUGGAAGGGGCCUAGAGACGGCAAAGACUCCCUCAGGGCUCGGGAGCGGCAGUGUCCUCACGCAUUGGCCACACCCUUCCAGAGCCGUGGGAGCCCUCGGCCCAAGCUCUGCCCGCCUCCACCCAGUCUCUUCCAGGAGAACACCUUACCUGGCCCGGCUUCCAGACACCCUUGAAAUCUCCGAGAAGAUAAACAGCUGCUACCUCUUAGUAUUAUUCUGAGUUUAUUUUGCCCUUAACUGAUUGUAAUGUGCUACAAGGGAUUUCAGCGGACUGCAGACACGCGACCUCCUUGCUGUUGUGUUUUUAUGUCCCAACCUAGAAACCUUGGCUGUCCUUUCUGGAGUUAUCUUUGGCGCUUUUCCAGUGGGAUCAGGCCCUUGCCCCAAACCAGUCCCAUCCUUUUUGCCACGAACAACAUAAAAAUACACUUUCUUCUUUUCUUCCUUCAUUCUUCUUUAGAAAGAUGCACACACACAUAUUUAAGGACUGUUCCUGAAACCAGCCUUUUCAUUUUGGAAACUUCUAGAGAGGGAACCAACCAUGGUUUUCCAAAAUCAGGCAAUUGUGUGCUGUUGGUUGUGAAGGAGGAUGUGGAAAACUCGUGUUUUACCACUGGCAAGUAUAUAUGUACCUACGUGGUUCUCUAACAGAGCUGUCCCUAUCUAUAGACAGGUGCCAGCUGUCCAUUUCUAUGUACCUUUCUGUAAAUAUACACUCUCAGGUAUCUUUUCUGGUGGGAGAGAUCAAUGGUUUGCUUUUCUAGAUGCUUCAUGAGCCCAGAUGUGACCCUAUGUGCCUCCUAUUGAGGCUGGAUGUCCCUCCAGUGCUUUCAUCAGAGGUCCUUUCUCAGAAUUUGGAAUCUGACGUUUUGGAGGGAAAUGGGGACAGUGGCCAGAGUUGGGAUCCUGGAGAAGUGUCCUCUGCAGAGAAGGAUAUUGUCUGGCCAGAGCCCAGAGUGACCUGGAAAAGAACCACUGUCAACUAGUUGGGGUCCCCAUGAAAAGCAGAUUACACACUCAAAUGGGUAAUGUGAGGAGAGUUUAAUAAAGGGAAUAUUUACACAUUGCGAGUGAAGCCUCAAGUGAGUGCAGAACCCUGGGGCUGGCGCUGUGGGGCACCACUCCCUGCCCUGCCCCUGAGGGGUGAGGGGGCGUCAUCUUCAGCAGACAGAGGGUUAGGGGGUAGGGGAGACCCCUGAAGGAGCUGUGACCUUCGGUCGAGGGAUGCCACCAGCCCUGGGGACUCCCAGGAAAAUAAAUGUCCUGACCUCUCCUGCCCCUGUGAGUCCUGCCAAAGCACCACGGGCAUUCCGGGGCAGUGGAGAGUGGCUCUGGAGGAACACGGGAUGGAAACGUGGCUCCAGCUGCCUUUCUGCUGCUUUGUCGCCCAGUGAGGAUCCCCUUUUCCCGAGCCUGGAGUUUGGGUUUAAGGUAGUGAGUAAAGCAUCAUUUCUGAAGGUAGUGGGCUUAGUUGUUGUGUCUGUGUUAUUAAGUUUACUAAUUGUUGGUGUGCCUGGGACUGGAUUAAUUCGUUAAUACUUAGGAUAACCGUACAAGGCAAGCAGUGGACACUCAGGGAGCGUGUCUGAGGCUCAGAGAGGUUCAGUGAUUCUUGAGACCACACACUAAGUGGCAGCGCUGGGAUUCUGGUCUCCAGAUAUCCCUUAACCACUGGUGAAGGGCGUUACCACUGAAUUUGGGCUCCCCUGUUUGGGGUUGUGGGUUUCUGUUCAGUCAGAACCCAGCGCAAACUGAGGUGCAUGAAACCAACUGGGGAGGCAGGGAGGGAGCGGGCUUUGCGAUAACAGGAUCCAGGAUGCUAGCAGAGCUGAGCCUGGUUCUGGUCCCUCUUUCUGGAUUUAUACUUGUAUAACUCCUGGCAUGUUUGGUCGGGGAAUCCCCGGAAGAAAAGGGGUCGUUCCCUAGGGGAAAAGGCCCAGGGGAGGACUGUGAUUGGCUGGGCUUAGAUCAGAUGCCCAGCUAUGGACCAAUGACUGUGGACCAGCAGGAGUCACGUGCCCUACGUGCGGCGAGGGGCGUGGCGUGUGCAGCAAGACUGGUGGGAGAGGCGCAGAGAGGACAGGAAAAGAUGGCGCCCGGGCCUGCGUUGCUGCUCCGGUGAAAUGCGUGGCCGCCGUUAUGAUAUGAUGCAGGUCCUCCGCCGCCUCCGCAGCCCCACAUCUGUCAGGAUUCUGUUACUGCUUCCUAACUGGUUUUUACCCCACUCACAAAAAUCAUUUUUAAAACCAGUAACGUGCACACGUAAAAUGUUCAAAUGGUACAAAAGGUGUACAGUAAAAAGUAAACUUCCAGCCCAGGCCGGUCGGCAUCCUUGA